AUGUCCGCGCCUCACGAGGAAGACGAUUUUGCGCCCACAAAUACCCCAGGCUACAAGCCCACUGCUGCAAAGUCCGUCGACGAGUAUGCGAAUCUCGAUGCCGAGGACGAAAGUUUGGCGCGUUGGAAAGCCAGCCUGGGCAUUGUUCCCGGUGCCUCCGGCGCAGACACCAGCAAGCCAAAGGUCACCGUCGUGACGCUCGAACUUGCAUCUCCUACACUCCCUCCUGGUAAGAAGCUGUCGCUCGACAUCCAAGAUCCCGCGCAGCUCGCGAACGUCAAGAAGAACCCGAUCGUGAUCAAGGAGGGUGUUGAGUAUAAUGUCCGCAUCACUUUCAAGGUCAACCACUCCAUCAUCUCGGGUGUUCGGUAUAUGCAGGUCGUGAAGCGUUCCGGUGUCCGAGUGGACAAAAUGGAACAGAUGCUCGGCUCGUAUGGUCCCCAUCCCCAAGGUGAAGCUUACACCAAGAACUUCGACCCGGAGGAAUCCCCGUCCGGUAUGCUGGCGCGUUCAGGCACAUACAACGUCCGGAGCCGGGUCGUGGAUGACGAUGGCGAGGUGUAUGCUGACUGGGACUGGUCGUUCAAAUUGGCGAAAGAGUGGUAA